GAUGCUUAACGACUGAGCCACCCAGGCACCCCUACCUCUCCUACUUUAAAGAUACCUAAUACUAAGUCUGAAAUUACUCCAAGAUAAAAAGUUAAACACAAAAAGAUAUGGUACCGAUUGGUUACUUACUAUAAAGACCACUGAGAUUCUCAGUUAAGGAUAGCUUAUUUGAUGAAUGCUCACUAUUAUUACUAGCAUCAUCCUUUCUAUCACCCAGCAUAGAGGCUCAUAUUCAUCUUCAUUAACCAACUCUUUCAUCAAAUCAGUCAUCAAAUUCUGUGGAUUCUAUCCUCAUACAACAUGGCUCAUAUCUUUGUUCUCCUUUUUCCCCGUAUUUUAAAAAAUUGAGAUCUGAUUGAUAUAACUUUAUAUUAGUUUUAGACAUACAAUAUAAUAAUUUGAUAUAUGUAUAUAUUGUGAAAUGAUCAAAGUUCUUGCUCUGUUUCAGUGGAAGACAGAAAUCCUAAAAAACAUUAGACUUUGUUAGAAAAAUAAAGAAGUAUGGAUGCUAAAAUUUUAAGUAUAACUACAAAUAGAAUAUAAACAUAAUGAAUAACUUCCAAAUUAAUAGGGAAAAUAAGGAAAACAGUGUAACAGAAGGAAAAGAGAAUAAAAAACGCAAGAAAAAGAAGGAUAAUACAAACACAAAAUAAAUGAUAGAAGUAAGUCCAAAUAUUGCACAUUACAAUAAGUAAAAGUGGAUAAAAUUUACCUAUUAAUAAAAGACAGAAACUCUGAAAUUGGAUUUUAAAGUUCCAGCUACAUGCUAUUUAAAUAAAUGUGUCAAAGACAGAAUGACACCCAAAUGUUGAAAAUAAAGGAAUGGAAAGAGUUAUAACAGGCAAAUACCAAGAAGAAGAAGAACAGUAUUUAAGUAGAUAAAUAUUUAAUAGAAAAAAAAAAAGACAAAUUAGUGAAACAGGCUCCUAACUAUUGAGAACAAAAAUGGUUACCAAAGGGGAGGUGGCUGGGGGAUGGGUGAAAGAGUAAUGGAGAUUAAGGACUGCACUUGUCAUGAUGAGCACAGGGUGAUGUAUGGAAUUGUUGAAUCACUGUAUUGUAUACCUGAAACUAAUAUAGCACUGUUGUUAACUAUACUGGAGUUAAAAAAAAAAAAAAAAAAGAUAUCUUGCGAAGAGAUUGUGCUUAGUCACUUCUUUCUCAACAUUAUCCCAUUCUCAUCGCUAAUAACAAACUUUGACCCUCCGUGAAAAAAAAAAUAACAAAUUUCACUGAGACUAGUAAAAUCCCAUUAUACCCCCAGGAGCUUGAAAACAGUAAGAAAUUUUUAGGAAGAUUAUUUGUGUUGAGUCUUGUGAAAAUAAAUAAAUGCCAUUAAACAUGGAGUUGGGAAGCCCUAAAAGGAGAUCUCUCACACACUACCUUCCUCCAUAAGAAGCCGUAACUCACAUUCCCCAACAGGAAGAAGCCUACUUUAUAUACCCUAACAGAAGGAAGGAAGAAUUUCUUCCUACCCAGCAACAGCCCAGCCCAUGAGAGAAACCACCACACUCAACCAAUGAGAAGCCAUAACAGCCCCUUCUAGCUUCCUCCUUUCACCUAUAAAAGAACUUGAUCAAAAUGCCACUGAAAAAGUCCAGGCAAUGUUCACAGCCAUUGAUGAGCUCCUGUAUGAGCAGAAGUUGAGUGUGCAUACUACGAGUCUACAAGAAGAGUGCCAACAAUGGACAUGUAGCUUUCCUCACCUCAGGAUUCUGGGUAGGCAAAUAAUCACUCCAAGUGAAAGUUAUGGGCUGUAUCCUAGAUCCCCUUCUGUUGUUUCAGCUUCACAUGAGGCAACACUUUCUCAAGAAAGAGAUUCUACUAUAUUUGGCAUUAGGGGAAAGAAGUUACAUUUUUCAUCUUCUUAUGCUCAUAAAGCAUCUUCCAUUGCCAAAUCCCCUAGCUUGUAUUCUAUGGAAAGAGAAGAGGAAGACUAUGUAAUCUUCUCUGAAGGAAUAAUAGAGGAAUACCUAGCAUUUGACCACACUGAUAUGGAAGAGGGGUUUCAAGGAAAGAAAUUACAAGCGGCUCCAGAGAAACAGAAAUUAGGGUACCCUCCCAUUGCUCCAUUUUACUGCAUGAAAGAGGAUGUCCUUGCUCAUGUGUUUGACGACGUGUGGAGCAAGGUUCUGAGCUGUAUGGAGCAGCUGACACGUAGUCACUGGGAGGGAUUGGCUUCUGAUGAUGAGAGUAAUGUUGCAAUCACCAGACCAGCUUCAGAAAGCCCCUGUGUGCUGAAUGAACCACAACCUUUGAUCUUACCUCGAGUGCCACAGUCGAAGGUGCCGGCCAUCACCUCAAAUCCAAUGAAUCUCUGUCAAGCAGCAAGUGGUCAUCAGCCAAAUGUGAAUGGUCUCUUGGUUCAUGGGAUGCCUCUACAGCCAAGAAAUCUCUCCCUAAUGGACAAGCUACUAGAUCUCGAUGACAAGUUACUUACGAGACCUGGAUCCAGUACCAUCCUUUCAACUCGAAAUUGGCCAAAUCGAGCCUUGGAGCUUAGUACAUCGGCUCUGUCAUACACAGUGCAGUCUGCCAGGAGACGCAAUCCCCCACCACGUACCCUUCGUCCCAUCAGCACAAGCCAUUCAUGUGCUGGAACGCCAAGACCUAUGGAAGAAAUCCUCAGGGGAUCCCAAGUCCCAGUAGCCGCUGAAUCGCUCUCUCCCUCACCAAUGCCCCUGAGUCGAAACAAUCUGCUGCCCCCUAUCGGCACAGCUGAAGUGGAACACUUGAGCACUGCUGGGCCACAAAGGCAAACGAAAACCCAUGGUGACUCCAAUCGAGCUCGAAGUGCAGUGGUGGAUGAGCCCAACCAUCAGCAGCCCCAGGAGAGACUCCUUUUACCUGACUUUUUCUCCAGGCCCAACACAACUCAAUCAUUUUUGCCAGAUACACAGUAUCAUCAUUUGUGUGCUGUUGAGUAUCCUCAUCAGGCCCGACCUGGUAGGGGAUCUGCAGUGAGAGGUAGGACCAUGGUUUUUAUUUUACUACGAUGUGGCUAUGUUAAGACCCUGCCUUUGUUUUCGAUGUUUAUUUUCCCUUCCUCCAGAUUUUAUUACAUUUUGUUUCCCUACAUCUUUGUAAUUCACCUCAAAUUCCUUUUGGAAAUGGGAUAAUAAUAAAGAUAGAGGAGACCUCUAUUGCUCAGAGCCAAGUUCCAGAUUUGUUUUCCCAUAUGUAAAUUAACUUCUCACCACUCUGGCAAAGUAAACUACCUUUUUUUUUUUUUAAUCUAAAAAGUUGAAGCUAAGUAAGUCAUGUUUAUAACAUUCAAACACUGCAUGGAUUUUAUUAUGUUGGCAAAAUCCAUAUUG